AUGGAAAAGGUCACCGACGGGGGCACCGAUUGGCUGGGAGAUUUGGCCUCUGCACUUCUCCCACCCAAAGAUCCUUCAAAUGAUGGCGACUGUCUCGGUCUCAGCGCUCUAGGUCUCGAGGGGAUUUCAUGCGACAUGGUUUCCAACUUUGUUUGCGAGGUGCCUGAUCCACCAGGAAUGAAAACCACCGUCAAAGCUACAACUACGAAGAAAAAAUUGUCAAUUAGAACAACCACUCGGGCGACAUCAUCGACAAGCAUUCUAACUACUACAAAAACAACAACUUUAACUACUUUGCUAACUACCGCUACAUCCGCAAAAUCCACUACGACAACAACAACUACAACAACAAUUACUACAGCUGCAACAACAACAACAACAACUACAGCUGCAACAACAACUACAGCUACAACAACAACAACAACAACAACCACUACUGCUACUACUACGACUAAUCCAACAGCAAUGCCGAACACAGCCAACUGGAAAGCAACCUCAAAUUUCUGGACCUCAGGAACGAUUAAGGGCUCGUCGGCAGGCCUUUGGUCGUGGUGCGAGCCAUCUGGUCCAGCAAUUUUCACCAAAGAUCUCGUGUGGGAGACAGGACAGCCAGACAACAAAGGCGGCAAUGAGAGCUGCAUCCACUUUCGCUUCAUUUUUAACUCAACAGGAACAAUCUUGUCCGACAGAAACUGUGCAAACCAUUACAGUUUUGCGUGCAAGAGAGUGAAAGAAUGGACAAUUACGUUUUUAAAUAAAAAAGACUAUGUGAGUUAUGGAGACUGGUACCAAGGAUGUGGACGAAUGUUUCUAAACUUCACCAAAAGCGCGGCUAGCUGGGCAACAGCUCGGGAUAAAUGCUGCGAAAUCGGCCUGACCCUGGCCUCGAUGGAGUCGGUCGGGAAAUUGAAUUGCUUUUCCAAACUCAUCCAGAAUGGAAACGGUGACUUCUGGCUGUCUGGAACAGAUCAGGGUUGCCCUUCGAAAUUCCGGUGGUGUUCGAGGAAUCGGGACUUUGUUUCCCCCGAAAUCAAGUGGAAGGUUGGCCAUCCAAAGGCAGGUCUUGCUUGCGUUUAUCUCGAGGUUAGAAACGGAACGGCACUGCUGGCAACAGCCGACUGUGCAGAACAGAAAAAUCCCCUUUGCGAGAUUCGAAAAAAAGCCACUCCCAACGUGGCUAUGGAGAUGGAAUGCGCAGAAAUCUGGGACGUGCCUUUAGGUUGA